UCCCGUCCGGCUGAUCCAACGAGCCAUCGUGCGUCAGGGUGGGUGCUGUCGAGGGUGGCGGGGGGUGGGGUCGCGUGAUCGCGAAGAUCUCCGUGGGGAGGUUCGAGGUUGGCGGGCUUUAAGGAGCGGGCGUUCCGAGGGACCCGGCAAAUGUGGCUCUGUGUACGGUGAGCCGGGGUUACGGGGGCCGCGGGCCCCGUGGCGGUGGUGGUAAAUCUCGUGGAGAGGCAAGCGUGAGGCUACCCCUGAGUCCUCGCACUCUGUGCGCCCCUGGGGCCGGAGGAGGCGUACAUGCGCACGCACAGGGCACUGGGCCCGCCGCAGCUGGGACUGCGGCGACCGGCCCUCCUACGACAGGGAACAAUCCCGCGGGGCCAGCUGCCGACGAAGGAUCCGGCCUUCCGGACGAGCCAAUGGUACACGUCGAGAGGGCCGUGCAUCGCGGUACCUGGAUAUGUUGUAUGCCGUGUUACUGGCUGCGAAGAAGCAAAGCCGUGCACAAGGCGUUGCUCACGUUCGCUAUGCUGCUCGUCACCAGUCUGCUCGUCACCAGUCCUGUCCUCUUCCUCAUCACCACGCUGCCGGAGGGAGAGCAGCCUCGUGAAUGCGCACCCCUGGACGAAGCCUGCAUCAGAGAGCGGGAUGGUCCGGAGGGUGUUUGCGACUCGAAAGCCUGCGAGGAAGCCUCGAAGCGGAUGGUGGCUUUCAUGAAGAAGGGGGUGGAUCCUUGCAAGGACUUUUAUCAGUUCGCGUGCGGCGGUAUUCGCGAUCAGCAACCCUAUCAGCCGAGCUCGAGCUUCAACAUGCUUCAGGCGAGGAUCGACGAUCACCUACACAAGCUGCUGGCGAACAAGACGGGUCACAUGGACGGCGUGUUCGAGAAGCUGGGCCAGUUUUACAGCGACUGCUUGGAAUUCAAGGAGAAACCCGUCAAUUUUACACCCGUUUACGAGCUUUUACGCGAACUCGGGGGCUAUCUACCCCCGAAGAGCAUCGCGCCAGCCGACAUUACGCCGCUGGUCUCGAGGCUGUUGAGGGUGAACGGCGCGCCGCUCUUCGACUUCUACGUGGACGUGGAUCUUUACGAUCGCACCAGGUCGUCCGUCUUUCUGGAUCUGCCUACGAAGCAUCAGGAAAACGCGUUCUUCGCGGAGAACCUGACCGAAGGACUACGAUGGGUGAAGACGUACUCGAUGAUGGAGAAACGACAGCAGAGAUCGGUUCACGAGGAAAGUCGUGCUUACACAGUGAUCAAGAACAAGAUGGAGGAGCAGAGAUCGCGGAGGAUUCAGAAGAUCGUCGAAGGCUUGUUGCCGACGACGAUGGACCCGAAGAACCGAGCCUCGGAGACCGACCUGCUGUUGCAAUUCUGCUUGUCCCUCAGCAAGAUCUAUCCGAAGCACAAGGACCUUUACAACUGGGUGGACGUCGAUCAGAGGGUGUACGUUCCGUUCAACAUGUCCUAUCUCCAGGAGAGCUUCGGUUAUAUAAGGUGGGGGACGCUGCUGAACGCCACUUUAGGCGCCACCACUGCCGAUCUCUACAAUCAUAGCCACGACCGGGGAAGAUCCGUUCAGGCCUUCGAGGAUCAGCUGAUCUACGUUUACGUCACCGCUCCUCGUUACUUUCGCAGCCUCGGGAAAUUGCUGAAUCGGUUCUCCAGAAGGAUUAUUCACAAUGGAUUGCUGUUACUGUACGCGGUAGACACGCUCCACGACAUCGUGAACGUGACCGCCAGCAAGAAUUGGGAGUUGUCUUGCUUCAAAUUGACAAAGAACGUGUUCAGCGAGGUGGUUGGCGCUUUGUACGUGCAGCAGUACAGUCCUCAGUAUUUGGAGAAACUGGCUAACAGGGUGGCGGGACUGUUCGAGCGCGUGAAGGAGACGGUGGCCGAACGGAUCUUGGUGAAGUCCUGGCUGGACGAGGAAACGAGGACGCAGGCGUUGCUGAAGCUGAACUCGUUGCGGGGAAGAUUUCACGUGUGGCCUGGUUUCUACAACGAGACGCUGCUGGCCCGCGAAAUGGCCGAGGUGAAGAUCGAUCCGGACGACUUCUUCCGCAGCGCGCUGAAGCGGUUCCGACAGAUUCGCACGGUGGACGACAAGGUUCUGCGGAGGAACGUGACCGAAAAACGCCGUCAUCCGUACAGCGUGACCGCUUAUUACGAGUCCUCGACAAAUACGAUCGGUAUCCCACUGGCGAUGAUGACUGCUUGGUCGUGGUCCUGGGACGGAGGUCCUGCGUACGCUGCCCACGCCACCUUGGGAUCGGUUAUCGGCCACGAGAUCCUCCACGCUUUCGAUCUCCAUCGACGUCGACUGCCAUUGGAUCCCGACAUGAACGUCGAUCAGUGGCUCUGGAUCACGCCGGAGUCUUGGAAGAGGCUGGAAGCGAGGAUCGAGUGCGUCGCGAGACUCUACGCUAGGAGCUUCUGGAGGAAAGUACAGUUUUAUGGGAACGACGUUGCUGUACAGUUCGACUGGAACGUUACGAGGAACGAGAACGUGGCGGACAUUGGAGCCUUGCAAAUUUCUUAUAAAACCUGGCACACUCUGACGAACGGGAAGGAUCGAAGUCUUCCUGGAUUCGAGGGACUUCGCGCGAGCCAGCUUUUCUUCAUAAGCGCCGCCCAGACUUAUUGUUCUAAUAUGACUGCCGAGGCCUACAUUCUCUCCGUUGAACUAGAUUAUCACACGCCUCAGCCUGAAAGGGUCAACGGUAUAAUGAUGAACUCCCAGGCAUUCGCGGACGCGUUCCGUUGCCCGAUCGGAACCAAAAUGAAUCCCCCGAACAAGUGCACCACCUGGUGAUGAUCAGGCGCGGACAAUCGUUCGCCGAUUACGUCAGACUUCAUUCACCAACAUCAGUUCUCGAUCAUUGGGAUUCGGCUUGGAAAAGCGGUGUCCUGCAAUUGGAGACCAAUGGCGACGAGGAUUGACCAAUUUUUCAGCGUUUGUCGAGCGAUCCUGCGUCGGAGGGAAUCGAUUCAGGAAUUCUAUCGGAAGGGGAGGAUCCAUCGAGCAGAGCGCGGUGAAACAACGCGAGUAAUCGACAACGUCCGCUCGAUCGCGACGACGAAGGAUCGAUCGAUAGAGUAAGCUUGUUGCGAUGUUUCGAGAGUCUAAAGGGUGCCGAUCUCCAAUUCGGUCGUCGAGGCAAAACUCUUUCAAACGCGCCAUUAUUGUUAAUAUCUCUCCCUAUGACGCUUUAGAGGACCUUAGAUUUAUCAUAGCGAAAGCAAUAAAUUAUACGGAAGAACAGACGAGAAAGUGAUAUAUACGCAAAAAGAUGAAAAAGAUAAAAAAAAAAUAUGAAGACGUACACGCAGGAGUAAACACACGUACACACGCAGAAUAAGCAAAUUAUAAAGCGCUUCGAUCGUUCAGUUUGCGACGAGUCGGUAGAUAUCGGUAAAGCUUGCUGGUUGAAGUUAGCGAUCGACGUUGUUUCUUAGGGGCACCGACGAUGUACGAGUUUAGACGAAAGAUCGAAACUAGCGAGUCUACGAAUCGCCUGAAUAUCUUGCACGAACAAAAUCGACUCGAGUGCAACGUUAGGGACGCGAAAUACCUCUCGUCUUCUUUGGAACUCGGAGGAUAGAGAGCAGCCUUUAGUAUCGUACGAACAACGAGCGUCGAAGGAUCAACGAUUCGAGGGGGAGGAAAGAGGAUCGAUGAACAAAGACGUUGGCGAACGCGAACUGCAAACAUUUACGAAGCGGAUCUAUUUAGUUUCUCGCGCACCGAUUGUCUUCGCUCUUGUUAGUCUGCAACGUCUGUAAAUAACUUUUCAGUUUAGUUUAGUUGACCUGGAACAGCACGAAUACGAUUCGAGCCGACCGCCGGAGGAUUUAGAGAUCAGGUAGAUCAGCGCGCGCUUUUAUUCACCUGUAUUUCGCUCGGUUCUUCUUCGUACGGACACAAAACUCUUCGAUCAACGCUUCGCUUUUAUCGGUGAUACCGUUUCGCUCGGUUCUCGAUGGAAAAACGUGUUUCAGUUGACUCCAGUCGAUCCCGGCGAGCAGCUCACUCCUCGCGACACCGAAACCCACACACUUUCGUUGUCAUUUGUUCCGCCAUUUCCGCGACAAAACAAUGAGACACUGGAUCCUUAGCGAUCUAUAGAGCCAGUGGUAUGUACAAAGAUUUUGUAUGCAGGCGUGUAUUACGUUGGCUGUUUCGUAGAUCCGUAGAAUAAGCUUAUCUAGGACUAAACCAAUAACCCAAAGAAGAAAUUUCCAACCUGUGUAGUAGUUUUCCAAAUUUUCCCGCCCGUCUCCUAGUUUUGUUAAAAAAUUCACGGUAGAUUACUUUACAGGACAAGCCUGAUGGGUGCUAAAUAGUUAAACGCUGGCGAUUGUAAAGCGCACGAUCCUUUCUCGAGACUCCUUGCACGAGUACACCUCUCGCAGCACCGUCUUGCCUACUCGAUUUCUAACACCGAUGUAAAAUUGUCGUUCGUACCGCAGUGUGCUGUUCGUCGCGACGCUCGUAUCUCACAAUUUCCGCGGACCGCAGAAAUUUCAUCGUCGUGAGCCGACGGCUAGCGAAGGUUGCUACAAUUUUAGUGCGUUUACGCAAGGAUCGCGAUCUGUGAUAUUCUUAAGCAGUACUUAAGCGACUCGGGGGACUACUUCCGGGCGAGCGUUCUCGAUGGUCGACGAUAGAGAUAAUUAUUCGUAUCGGUCCAUCGGUACACUGUCACGCCAGCCAUCGUCGACGACGUCCCGACGUCCCCGGUCGAAUCGAAAGCAUAAAAAUCACGUUAU